AUGUCCAAUGCAAUUCAUAGUGCGCAUAUGAUGGGGCCGAUUGCAUAUCGUAUGGGCAUGUUGGUUGCCCUGCGUAGCAUGUCACUGGGUGGGCUUCACGUCGGGCUAAUGAUAACGGCCUCUCACAACUCUGAGGAGGAUAAUGGUGUCAAAGCUAUCGAGCCGUCGGGAGACAUGCUUGAUGCGAGCUGGGAGGUGUUUGCUGACGACAUUGUAAACACUCCAGAUGACCUGCUUGAUCAGAAGAUCUUCGAGUUGAAAACAACGAUUUUUGGCAAGCAACUGCGAAAAGAUAAUGUCAAUGCCUACAAGGCCAAUGUGCUGCUUGGUCGCGACACAAGAGCAAGUGGUAAAGAGCUCACCCAGCUGGCAAUUCAAGGCAUUCUCAAACUUGGAGGCUCCAUUCAAGAUUUUGGGAUCGUCACCACGCCCCAACUUCACUUUCUUGUUGGCGAAUUGGGCCCUCGAUUUUAUAAAGAGAUUCUGGCCGAUGCUUAUUACUCAAAGAUAAGCCAGGGGUUUGAAAAGUUUAUCUCUUCAAUUUGCUUCUCUCAUACUGAACAGAUCGCGAGCAACGUUUUCGUCGAUACUGCAAAUGGAGUUGGCCACCUGGCCUUAAAGGAGGUUUUAAAUUCGAUCCACAAUUUGCCGAUUAAAGUUAAUUUGUUGCAAUGUGGCAAUGGUGUGCUAAAUGAAAAGUGUGGUGCCGACUAUGUAAAGAUUUCCAACUGUCCACCUGCUGGAGUAAGCUUUGUCGAUCCAUCGUACAGAUACGUGUCCUUUGAUGGCGAUGCAGAUCGGGUGGUUUACUUUUACUUUGACGAAAAACAACAAUUUCAGCUUAUCGAUGGCGAUAGGAUGGCUGCGCUUUUUGCGUUUUUUAUUAGCAAGCACCUAAAGAUCCUCGGCCUCCAAUCAUCGCUGUCUGUAGGUGUUAUUCAGACCGCAUAUUCAAAUGGAGCGUGUCAAAAGUAUUUGAUUGAAGAGCUGGAAACGUGUCUUGAGCUUACUUGCACAGGUGUCAAGCAUUUGCAUUCAGCUGCCAAGAAAUACGAUUCAGGAAUCUAUUUCGAGGCAAACGGCCACGGCACCAUACUAUUUAGCGGCAAAUUUAAAAAGGCCCUUGCUUUCCUUUCCUCUCCAGAGAAAAUGAAUGCGCUAUCGUCGACCGAGAGAAGCUCAGUAGGGCUCCUUUGUGGGCUCGUUGAAACAAUUAACUCUUACGUUGGCGAUGCUAUUUCUGACUUUCUUGCCGUUGAAGGCGUUCUUCUUUCUCUCGGAUUUUCCAUGAAGGAUUGGAAAUCAAUGUACACGGAGCAUCCGUCGAAGCAGGCCAAAAUCUCAGUCCCUGAUAGAUCGAUCUUCAAAACCACGCACUAUGAGCAGAAGCUACUUGAGCCUGCGGGAAUCCAGGAAAAAAUAGACGGCAUUGUUAACCCCAUGCACGGCGGUCGAGCUUUUGUCAGACCUUCUGGGACCGAAAAUGUUGUCAGAAUCUAUGCAGAGGCCUCGCAGGCUGCAGAUGUGGACAUCAUUAUAGAGUCGAUCCAAAAUCUCCUUAAUUGCCAUUAA